AUGAAGAUUAUGCUCCUUUUCCUUCUUUUCCUAUACUGCGUAAAUGCUUUUAAAAAUACUCUAAAAGACGGAGUCUCGUUACAGAUUUUUAAAAAAACAAAGAAUGAUUUAAGUGUCAAUUACACGAAAAAGGACAAGGACUUUUUACGAAGAAAACAGAUAGGUAGUUCGUUAAAAAGUACAUUUGAUGAUAUCAAGCAGAUAAUUUCAAAGCAGCUAUCAGUGGAAGAAGAUAAAAUUCAAACCGAUUCAAAUUUUACCAAAGACCUAGGAGCAGAUAGCUUAGAUCUCGUCGAACUAAUCAUGGCCUUGGAGGAAAAAUUUAGUAUCACCAUUUCCGAUCAAGAUGCCCUCAAAAUCAAUACAGUUCAAGAUGCCAUUGACUUUAUAGAAAAGAAUAAAAAGCAGGAUGCAUGA